GCCAGUAAGGCGUGAAAGAGACGACACGCGGAAGGGAUUGGAUUACAUUGUCAUGAUGAUGAUGAUUAUUUUUUUUUUAAAUAAUUCAUCGGCGAAGUAAAUCCAAAAGCUGGCGUAGCCGAGGUUCCCUCCCCACCGCAUCUCUCUUCCUUCCUCUUAACAAUUGGGAUUGAUGGACUCAUUUUCGCUUAUUCGGUAAAGAGAAAGCAACGGGGGGUUGGUGGAGGGGGGGGGCGGAGAAAAAGAGAGGAAGAACGCGUCGCUGCCCUUUUUUUUUUUUUUUUUGUGCUUCCUUUCCUGCCAUAGCAGAAAACGAGGGAGGUGCAAGGAGAGUGAUCACUUUAAGACCCAGAGGUUUUUUUUCCCCCUCUCCUCUUUCUCUUCAUUUCCCCUCUUCUGCUCUCUCUCUCUUCCCCCCUCCACAUUUUUUUUUUUUUUUUAAGGAGCGACAGGCUGUGGCGUUUGCAGAAGGGUUUGGUCUCCGUCAUCGCGCUGCAAAAGCGAGCGAGCGAAAGCGACAAGGAGGGAGAGGAGGAGGAGGAGGAGGCGGGGGGGGGAGAGAGAUGAAGGGGAGGUGUAACACAUCCGACGAGCCGGCUGCAAUGGGCCUCAGCUAAUCCAGACCCUCCGGAGGAUCUGCCUUCCCGCUGCCACCGCCGUGGGUCAGAAGCUCCUUGGAUUCGGUUCUCCUCGCUGCUGCUGCCGCCGCCGCCGCCGCCGAUUGACCACAUUUUUUCCUUUGACACACAAUGAGCGCCGCCUGGUAGAGAAGAAGCGGCGUGCCGUGCCGCCUUGCCCCUUUCGGGUUCUCGCGAUGUGAUUCUAUUGCGGCUGCUGGAGGUGAAGGAGGAAGAGGAGGCAGCGUGGCCCGGGGGGGUGGGGUGGAGGAAGCCUGAGGCUAUGUGGUGUCAGCGACACCAGAAGAUUUGGUGAACCAUGAUGAAGACUGAGUCUCAUAAUACUCCUGGCGGCAGUGGCACCAGCGGCAGUGGGGGCAGCACCACCGGCGGCAAUGGGGCUGGAGGCAGCCUGAGGAGUGCCUCACCUCACCGGAACGCCUACGAAGCUGGCAUCCAAGCUUUGAAAGCCUCCAAAGAUGCCCUGGGCCAACCUGACAGUGAGGAGGCCAAAAAAGCCAGGAACAAGAAAUAUGGGUCCAAUGUCCAUCGGAUCAAAAAUAUGUUCCUGCAAAUGGGCACUGCGCCUCCACCAGGGGAGGGAGCAGUUGAUCUGGCCAAGAUGAAGGAGAAGCCGGUCCGGUUGUCCUUGCCCCGGGCCAGCAGUCUGAAUGAGAAUGUAGACCAUAGUGCGUUGUUGAAACUGGGCACCAGCGUAUCCGAGAGGGUGAGCCGGUUUGACUCUAAAACAGAUAAGCCAUUGUCCAAGCUCCAGGAGACACGGAAGAUCUUCGAGAGGAGUCUCCAGGAGAAGGAGACCACCAACAAACUGCUUCUGAGGAAAGAGAGAGCUGGCUUCCAAGACCGGAAGUUGGAUGUGGUGGUGAGGUUCAACGGCAGCACAGAAUCCCUGGACAAGCUAGACACAGAGGCUGUGUCUCCUACUGUAAGCCAACUCAGUGCUGUCUUUGAGAAAGCUGACCUGAGGAAUAACCUCCAUAAAGCCCCUGGAAAAGUUGGGCCUCUCAACUCCAAAAUUGUUAGCAAAAGGUCCAGGGUUUUCCUCCAGGCUCCAGAAGGAGGUGCCAAGGUGGAAACCAGGAAUAGUGAUGGGCCUGCGCUCCAAGUGAGAGCAAGGUUGCCUGAGACUGACAAAACCCAAAACAAGCUGGUGCCCAGUGGGUCAGUAGCAGCAAAGCCAGGAGAUAAGGACUCCAACAUGGGGCUACGUCCUCAGAAGGUCCAAGAAGUGCGCAAGAUCAAGCCUGUGGAAGUGGAAGAGAGUGGAGACUCUGAACAGGAGUUUGAGGCAGCUGAGGUGGCAGUGGCAGCAGCAGCAGUGGCAGAUGAGAACAGCAAGGCCUCUAAGGGGUCUGACCUUCUCAGGGCAGAGGUGAUUCAGGCUGAGGUCACAGUGCAUGCGGCCUUGGAAAAUGGCCAGCUGGGUGGUGAAAGAUACCUAGAAACUCCAGGCCCAUUGGCAGACACUUACUGUGAGGAGGUGGCCAAGGCUGAGGGACCAGAGGAAAAUGACCUAGGUGAUGAGUCUAAGAAGGAGGACUUCUCUGAGGCUGACCUGGUGGACAUUAGUGCCUACAGUGGACUGGGGGAGGAUUCAGGAGGGAGUGGGCUGGAUGAAGACGAGGAUGGUGAUGGACUGUAUGCACCGGAAUCUAGCUGUGUCGAGAUCCCUGGGCUGUCAGAAGAGGAUGAGGCUGUCCCUAAUCGCAAGAUCCACUUCAGCACAGCCCCAAUACAGGUUUUCAGCACUUAUUCCAAUGAGGAAUAUGACCGUCGAAAUGAAGAUGUUGAUCCUAUGGCUGCCUCAGCAGAGUAUGAACUUGAAAAAAGAGUGGAAAGGCUGGAUCUCUUUCCUGUGGAACUGGAAAAAGAUUCUGAGGGUCUUGGGAUCAGUAUUAUUGGAAUGGGGGCUGGAGCUGAUAUGGGUCUAGAAAAGCUUGGCAUAUUUGUCAAGACUGUGACAGAAGGAGGAGCAGCUCAUCGAGAUGGCAGGAUCCAGGUGAACGAUCUUAUCGUUGAGGUGGAUGGCACCAGUUUGGUGGGCGUGACUCAAAGCUUUGCAGCUUCUGUGUUGAGGAAUACCAAGGGUAGAGUCCGAUUCCUCAUUGGCAGGGAGAAGCCAGGAGAGCAGAGUGAAGUGGCGCAACUGAUCCAGCAGACCCUGGAACAGGAACGAUGGCAGCGAGAAAUGAUGGAACAGAGAUAUACCCAAUAUACAGAGGAGGAUGAAGAAACAGGAGAAUAUGCUACAGAUGAAGAUGAAGAGAUGAGCCCCAUGUUCCCCAACAAUGAAAUGGCUAUUGAGGUUUUUGAAUUGGCUGAAAAUGAAGACAUGCUAUCUCCAGUGGAGAUGGAUCCUGAAAAGCUAGUGCAUAAAUUUAAGGAGCUCCAGAUCAAGCAUGCUGUGACUGAAGCCGAAAUACAGCAGCUGAAAAGAAAGCUACAAUCAAUUGAACAGGAGAAAGCUCGCUGGCGCAUUGAGAAAGCCCAGCUGGAACAGAGCGUAGAAGAAAACAAGGAGCGGAUGGAGAAGCUGGAGGGAUACUGGAUGGAGGCUCAGAACUUAUGCCAGGCUGUGGAUGAGCACCUAAAAGAGACCCAGGCCCAGUACCAGACUCUGGAAAGGAAAUACAGCAAAGCUAAGCGACUUAUUAAGGAGUAUCAACAGAAAGAAAUAGAGUUCCUCAAGAAGGAGACAGCUCAGCGUCGCAUCCAAGAGGAGUCUGAAUUGGCUCACAAGGAGGAAGUUGACAAGUUGCAAGAGAAGAUCUCUGAACUGGAGGCGAAGCUGCAGACUUUGAAAAAUUCCAACACGACUUAAAAAAAGAGAGAGAGAGAGAGAGAGCAGAAAAACAUAUAAACCAACCAGAGAAAUUAAUUCAUCUUAUUAUUAACUAUUAUUACUAUUAUUCGCAAGGGACAUCUUUAGAAUUUUUUUCCACCCAUGCCCAGUCUUUAUUCUUCCUCAUCCUGUGCCUCGUUCCCUUUAUUUUACUGCAGGGGAAAUACUGUAAAGCCCAGCACUGUCAGAAGAACUACUGCAGCAAAAGUAGUAGAUGACCUUGCCAUCUGUUGAGUAUGAGGCUGUGAAAGACCAGGUGGGGUGGUGAAAUUCUAGAUGGACUGCAGAGACACAACCCACCUCUUGAUGGUGAUGAAUCAUUGUCAGUUUCUGUGUCCGGUGUGUGUCUUGUGUCAACUGGAGAAACAGAUCAUGGAGGGCGGGAAGGUGGUCAUCUGUGUCCAGUGAUGUAUGUCUUCUGUCCCAUCUGCCUGAUGAGAAUCUUUAUGGAUUGGGACUGAUGCCCCAUGUCUAUACAUUGACUUGUUGGCUCUUCAGUUGUGCAGGCAACAUAGAAAGACUCUGCUGGUGACAAAUAAGACCAGCGGUUUUCAUUUUGCUUCCUGAAUCUUGAUCUUAUGAGCUGGGUGGGGUGGAGGGUGGGACACUUGUCUAGCUUUGAGAUGGGAAGAUCUUUAAUUUUCCUUUGGACAGCUUGGAAUCCAUUGUUCUCUAUGUUUUGUGGUGGGAACUAUAUCUGUUUUCUAACGAGUGAGCCAGCAGGAGGUUUUGUUGGCCAUCUUUGGGACAUCCCUGCUGGCAACUGAAAAGACAUCAUGAUUGACUUUUACAUCAAGGAAGAAAUAUCAGCCUGUUUUUCUUUUCCUCAUUACAUUUUAUUCAUAUUAUUUUGGAAGAUUCCUGGGAAUCUACAUUCUGGAGACGAACAAACUGGACUCUCUCAAAGGACUUGAGGGUUCAGAAGUAAUUGCUGAGAGCAAAUAUAUCAAGGCAGCUGUAGCCAGGAAAUGAAGCCAGAAACUUUAGGAAAACAUGGAACUGCCAUUCUGUAUUUGCAUCUCCAAAGGCCACCAGUUUGUGCUGGAUCCAUCUCACCACUGUCAGCAUGAGGGUUUGCUGGGGAAAUUGGAAUCUGGAACUAAUUAGGAGCAAAACAUGAAAACAAAGCCCUGGUGGUCAAAAGCAAAGUGUACAAUGAAUCUUGUCUUUUUAAUUUAAUGGUAAGGGUUAUUGCAUUUUGUUUUCAUUCAUUACAUCGGGUCUGAGGACCACUGCACAGAUCCAUUUAGUGCUGGGAUUUAGAGUUCAUCUCUCUUGUUGGCAUACUGCUCUCCCUGGCAGUGACACAACGUCAUGUGUUGCCCAUAUGUAACCCUGUCAGUAUCUUAACUUCAACACAUUUCUUUGCUGAAGGAACAGUUAGUGUAGACAGUAACUACAGGAAGGUCCAAAAUGCUACAACACCUUAGCUACCUGGGAGAUCUUAUGCCACAGCAGUUUUGAGUUACAUCAGAUGCUAGUGGUGGGUUACAAAAGCUGUCCAAGGUGCCACAGGACUUCAACUUUUUUUGCCUUUCCCUCUAUUUAAUGAAGCAAAGUGGAAUGCUAUAGUUGUUAUUCUAUGUUCCUGCAUGCUUAUGAAUCAUGAGCUAGGAAGCAAUAUUCCAAAAAGCUAUUCAUUCAGAAUCAAAUAUUACACCAGAGAAAAGAGAUUGCAGAAGAAGAUUUCUACGAAAUAGCAAGUCCUUACAAGCACUCAAGUCUUGAAAUCUUCUGUAUUCCAUCAGUUUCAUGGUCAGUUUAUAAGCUACGCAAUGUUAGUGUGAAGGAUCUAUGUAACUGGGACUAAUGGCCAGUGUUUUAUGCAGGGAUAAUAUUAAAGAGAGUAAGGAAAAAACAAGACUUGUUGUGAAGUGUAGCAUGCUGAAACUCAAGAAGGAUCUCCAAAAAUGUUUUCUCUAUUAAUGGGCUUGGUUCAUACAACAUACCAAGCCAUACUGUAGUUUGUUGGACAUUUACCAUGUGCAAAUCCAGCACAAUUGAAGGUUAGUCAAUAAACUACAGUAAACAUACCAUAGUGUACAUGAUGUGUGAAACCAGACAUGUCUAUCCUUGUUACUUUCUUAGACAGAAUCUUUCUUGUUAGUUACUUAGACUUAUUCUUGUGCCUGGAUUUUAGUUGAAUGUUGUAUUAUUUAAAUAAUUUUUAAACAUGCACCCAUAAUCAAGUCCCCGUAUAAGACUUUGCAUAUAAAGUAAGUUCCUGGGAGUUGAAAAAUAUGGAAGUUCCUUCCCUUGCUGGUGUUCUCCAUGGGUGACGUUACAAUUCAUAUGGUUCCAAGCCAGCAGAUGAGCGUUGUAAUUCAGGACACCCAGAAGAUACAGGUUGGCAAAACUUCCAGAAACAACUGUUCUAGAUUGUUUUAUCUUGUUGUUUUAAAGUAUAUAAUGUAAAAAAGGGGGGUGGGGUUCAAAUCAUGCAAUUUCUCUCAUCCAAUCACAGCACCACCUAUUAGACAAUACCUGGCUCAUUCUGGUAAUAUUAAGUCUUUUGACAGUAUUUUUAAUGGCAUUGUUACCUGCCCUCAGUUAUUUAUUUAAUAUCUUCUAUGAGAAGUGGCAGUAGAAGUAUAUUUUGUAAAGUUGCUGGAAAAGUAACUUCUUUUGUCAAAAAGAACUGAGCAAUGCUACUUCAAAAGCUUGCAAUUAAUUAUUUUAAAAUAGUAUUCUGUCAGGAAAAGUCUAGAACAUUUCCUUUAGACCACAUGUUCUGGUCCUCGUGCUCAUUGCACUUUUCACUGUGGGGAAGAAAAUCCCAGGAUAUUUCCUUCCUAUAAUUUGAGAGAGGUGUUCUUGGAUUAAUACUGCUGUGGAAAAAAAAGAUACUGGUGAUGAAAGAGAUUGAAUAUCAGGGUCAGCAUUAUACAGAAGUUGGUUUAUUUUGAAGGAUGAUGACUUCUUUCACUUCUUUCUCCAGGAUUCACCUAGAAAUUUCCAGAUCCCAUAAUGAGGACGUGUAGUUUAUUUGUGAUAAAAAUCAUUCAUUUUAUCCUUCAUUAUUUGGAAUUCCAAGGUUUGAUGUGUGAAAAGUGUUCACACAUAAGAUGAGUAUUCAAGAAGAUCCCUUCCCAGAGUUAGGUUAAUCUUUGGAUAUUUCCGUGAUCUGUUUAUAUACUUACAUUGGUCAAAUAGUGACAAUUUGGUGGAUUAUUUUCCAAAGUUUAAUUUAUAUAUGGAAUGAGUAUUCUAUUCACAUGCCAUGAAUUAUGAACAAGGAACUUCAGCAUGGCAAAUAUUUUGGAUUCAUUAAUCACAAAUUAAAAACUGAGAUGUCCAAGUUUUUAUCCUAGAAGUGGGGAAUCAAAGGAUUUGGGAAAGGGCACUUUCCUAUCUCCUCUACAUAGAAAGGGUCACAUUGUAAAUGUUCUCACAUAUCUAUCCUAAAGAUCUAUCUAUCACUGCUCUUAAAGCUAAAGGCAUCAUACUGUAUGUUCAUGCACAUAUAACGUGGGGAGUAUGCAUUUUAGUGCUCUGUGAAUUGCUCAAAAGUUUACUGCAAGUCUAGUUCAGCUAAUUUACAGCCUCAGUCCCCUUUAUGUGUUAUAUUUGUUGCAGCACAUUUUCCACCAACUGCUGGGGUGAUAAUGGAGUUGGUGGUCUGACGCUUGAAGGAUCCAGGUUCGGUAGGAACUUACAUGUGUAUGAUUGAGUGAUGUCAUUCAAAAUAACACGUCCUAUACUAUGUUCUCUUUAUGCAUACAGAUGGAAGAAGUUGCAGAAAUAGCCACAACAGGAGAAAUUGUGCCAUUCUCCUAAUAACAUGGGAAUUCCCAUACAUACAAAAUGAAAACCAUGGAAAGUAGCUCGAAAAGACUCUCCUUCAUCUCCAUACUGAAUUACAGCAGAUUAAGUAGGUCUGCAUCCAGCAAGAUAGUAUAAAAGAUAUACAAAAUGCUCUAACUGGAUGAAAGGUGGACAGGGAACUAAUCUUCUGAAAAGCAGAUCAGAUUUAAAAGAAAACAUCUUAAAUUUAAUCUCACAAGUAUAAAUGUAUAUGUAUAUAAUAUAUAUAUGUAUGUAUGUACGUACGUAUUGUUCCUGGUUUUGUAUUCCAAUUGUCCUACCAUCUGGUCAUAUAAAUAGCAAGAUUUUGUUUCCAACCCUGUUCAGUUUUUCAAACAUUUCAGGGGAGGAACUUGCAUGAAUGCACUUGGCUGACGUAGCUAAAAAUGUUCUUCAAGAGAGUCCUUAUAGAAGAGCAAGGGGAAAUUUUUGUAUAGAUAGGUGGAUAGGAUGUAACCCAUUAAUGAGGAUUCAAAUAUAAAAUCCUCUUUUCAUCGUGAUGUUGGCCUUUUUUCUUCUCUCUGUUUCUUGAACAAAAACUAUUUAAUCCAUCACCCAACAAGAUAGCCAGGUAUGGAAAAGUGGUGUGGAAAGCAUUUUUAUGGUGUCUGCAGUGUAUGCAUAUAAAUGGAUAACUGCUCCAGAAAUUCAUACACUGAGAGAUACCAAUAUGAUUUCAAGAUGGGAUUGUAUAACUUCCAUUAAAUUCCAUUAAUGCCUUUUAUAGAGCUCACUUUUGGAUUGCAGAAGAAAUGAGUUAUGAAAAUAUCAAGGCAGAUUAAUGUUAUAAGAGUCAAGUGAAAGUAGGAGCAGCUUAGGGAGGGGAGUUGCACUUCUUUUAAAAAUUGUUCUGCAUCUGAGAAUCACUGUUGGGACACAGUGAUAAAGGGAUGUUUCUGGGUGAAGUGGGAUUGUAAUGUUCACCCCUAUAGGGAAAUUGGGAAUAAGUUUAUUAUUGCUUUUAAAGCAAAAUAGAUUUUUAAAACCUAUUGGAGAUUUCACAAAUAGCUAUUUACUUUUUUAAAUGCAAUAUAUAUAUAUACUGUAAUUCAACAAUUUGCUACAGAAAUUUGUCAAUUGAAGGGGGCUCAAAGGAAGUGCAAAUAAAAAAGAUGCAAGACAUCUUGUAACUUCAUGGGUCAGAAAUUGCCCAUGCUGUGCAAUAGGACAAUCUUAAUAGCAAGUGAAGUUCUCAAAAAAAGUGGGUGGGAGAGGUAAAUUCAAUUCAGAAUUGAGCUGUGUAAUUCACUUAACUAUUUUAAAUUUUGCCUUGAUGUAUUCAUGGAGAGGCCACUCAACAUCACUGGGGUUGAAAAUGUUUGGUUGGGACUCAGAAAGCAUGCCUUCAAAUAGAAAAGUCUUAUCACAUCAGAAAGCCACAGUAAAAAGAACAAGUUUACCAAAAUUAGAGGUAAAAGGUGUAAACAAGCAUGAAAUGUAUUAGAUUUUUAAUCCUGCCUUUAUUACUUUAUAAAUAACACAAAGUGGCGAAUGUACAUAAUAUCCUUCCUUCUCUUUUUCCCCACAACCUUUGAGGUGGGUUGGGCUGAGAGAGAGAGAGUCUGGCCCAAGGUCAUCCAGCUGGCUUAAAUGCCUAAAGCAGAAUUAGAACUCACAAUCUCCUGAAUUCUACGCCAGUACCUCCACCAUUACACCAAACUGUCUCCCUUUAAAAAAAAUUAAUUUGGGUUUAACUAUAGAUUUGCCUGUGAAAAUGCAGUUUGCCAUUUGUGUUUCUAGGGUGUUGCCAUGCAAAAUAGUAUUUGAAGGGUCCUUGGUGCUCUCUGUCUUUAAUUGUUUCCUUGCUAGUCACUAGCAUUGGUGAUGUUACCUAGUUUGGGUAAUUAAACAACUGCAAGUGAACAACAAAGUUCAGAGAGCACCAAGGAUCCCUGACUUCAACCCUGAGCUACAAAUAUUCUCCUUUAAAGUAGUGUUGCAAAUGUAUAUUUCCAAGACUUGACUGAUUCACCAUUAAAAACAAAGUGUUUGGCUUGAUAUUGGAAGACCUGAAGACUACACUUAGUCUAAUGUGUAUAUUAAUAAAAGCUAAUCAAUCUGCCCUUUUAAUAGCAAACUCUGGUACUGUUGCUAAUGGUUGUGUAGUGAAAUGGUGGUCAACAAGAUGAGAAAUCUAGUCAUUUUAGAAGAAGCAUGGUGUUAGAUGGGUUUGAGGAAACAGCCCAAUAAGGAUGGGGCUGUGCUCCAUCAUUAUUGGGCUGUGCUCCAUCAUUAUUGGGCUUACAUGAGUAAGAAUGGAAUGGAGCACUCUGGAAUGGACAUGGUUACCUGGCAGAAAUGUUGCCAAAUUGCAACAUUCACUCACAGCUUUUCUUGUAGUGAUAAUAAUGUUUAAACUACAGCUAUGUGUGAUUCAUUCUCCUGAGAUAAAUGAUACAGGUAGUCCUUGACUUACAACCAUUCAUUUAGCAACUGUUGGAAGUUAAAAUAGCACUGAAAAAAGUGACUUAAUAAUCAAUCCUCGCACUUAUUGUUGUAGCAUCCCCACAGCCAUUUGAUCAAAAUUCAGUUGCUUAGCAAACAGCAUGUAUAUACUAAGGCUUUAAUGUCCACGGGUCACAUGAUCACCAUUUGCGACCUUCACAACUAGCUCCAUCAAGGAAAGUCAAUGAGGGAAGCCUGAUUCACUCAGUGUUUGUGUGACUCACUUAACUCAGUAUGGGGGGAAAAGGUCAUAAAAUCAAGUGCAACUCAUUUAUCUGUCACUUUGCUUAGUAACAAAAAUUCUGGUGCCAAUUGCAGCUGCAAGUCAAGAACUACCUGUAAAUGAACAAUUUAGAUGAUUGUGGGAGAUGAGUUGCUAAAAAUAAAGGAAGAUCCAUCACAUGAAGACAAAUAGAAGACAAGUCUGUUGACCCAUACAGAAUUCUACAUAAAUUGUGUGUGUGUGUGUGUGCGCGCGCGCGCUCUCGUGCGCAUAUUUCUUUUUUAGGGUAAAUAGAUAAUUCUGUAUGUAAGCAAGCCACUUGCUAAAUUAGGAGUGUGAUGCUCAUUGAAAUCUUGACUACAAUUCCUAUAAUUCUUUGUCAUUAGUCAUACUAGUCAUUGGGAAUGCUACAGACUCAAAUCAAUUGUGAUUUAGUCGGUAAUUUAGUACCAGAGACUUGCUGUACCAGGCUGUUGAUUAAUAAUACCACCUCUUUGAAUCCAAGCAUGUAUAUUAAAAAAAUAAAACUCAAUGAACGCCUUAUAAUGUGUCCCCACUUUAAUAGUGCAGUCUUGAUGGCUUCACUAAUUACAUUAGUUCAGGGAAAGAAGCAUCUUGUGUUAAUGAGUCCUGGUUUUUAGAAAUGCAUUUGCCAGUCAAAUUUCAUCUUUGGUACAUUUUGAAAGCUAGGACCUUGGGUGCAGAAUACUGCAGACCUUAGAAGGAUUUUCACCACCAAUUGCACCAAUUCCCCAAUUUUCUUUCUUUUUUUCCCUUCAAUAUAGAGUAAUAGAUACUACAGUGAGAUCGAAUUUGGAUCAGUCACCAGAACUGACCCAAAUUCGACCUCACAUCAUUAUCCUGGAACACAUGUAUUUGUCUUCAUUCGUGAGAUAUUACAGUAUUUGGAUUAUGGACACGGCAGCCCUGCUUUACUGUGCAUCAGAAUAUAGGCCCCUUUUAAUAAACACAAUCUCCUGAUUGGCUUGUCUUUCCAAAGGUGGAAAACCUUUCUGAAGCUCAUCUAGUUCAGUUGAUGAAAUUCUUAUAAGCCUAUCUGCCUUUUUUCAUCAUAUCUUGCUAAAGAAACUAGGAGAAGAAUCUGUUUCUUAGAAAAAACAGAAAACUGACAGCAGAAAAAGACCUAGUGGUCUAUCAAGUCUGCCCUUUGAGUUUAUUUCUUUUUUAAUGUAUUUAUUUAUUAUUUUUUAAUUUUUGUCAGGUGAUGGGCAAGUGUUUAUCCCAAGCACGCUUCAGUCGUUACUGAUGACUGACCCACUACCUCCACUGAAAGUUGGUUACAAGCUUCCACUAUUCUUUCUAUGAAUUUCUUUUCUGAAGAUUUAAAUUUGUCAUAAUUUGAAAUAUGUUUUCUUGAAGUAGAAAAUCAGUACAUAAAUAGAUUUAGUAACUAUGUUACCAUCAUCUCUAACAGCACAUCCAUAUUGGGUGAGGAAGAUGAGAGUUCGAGAUGUGGGAUAACUUAUCCCGAGAAAUUCAGGAGCUAAUGAAAAAAUAUAUAUUUCACACACUGCACAAACAAAUUCUCAGAAAGUUUGCUCAGCUGCAGGAAUAUACUUAGAAUUUGUCUAGGUGCAGUAUUGUUAAAAGCAACAGCUAUUGCUGCACUAUGGAUGCUUUCCAAAGCAUUAUUCCAAACAAACUGAACAUAAUUUAACCUCUUCUCCCAUUCCAUUUUAAAUGUCUUCAGUCAGAACUGAAGAAGCUUCUUGGUUGAGAAGCAAAAUGUAUUCAAAGAAAAAAAGUCCAGUUGCCUUUUGAGAAAAUCAUCUUUGGGACAUUGCAUUUUAACUAUGCUAUUCCUGGAAAUAAGGGAAGCCACACUUAAGGUAAAAUAGUCAUGGAAUAAAGGGACUACAACCACUACUGUAGGAUUAAGGAAGGAGUUGGGUGGUCAUUUAAGCUACCUGAUCAAGGUAGGCAUUUAGUGUUAUUGCAUUCCCAACAAAUGGCUGUAAUGUCCUGUCAAACAGCUUCAAAUCCCAAUAGCAACUUUGGAAAAUUACCCAAGUCAACACCUCUAAAAGUGAACAAAGAAAAGGUACAUCUGAGAAAAGAACACAUGGGCACUGAACAGAUGUGGAAGAAUUACAUCAAAAUCAAAAUGAUUUAAACAAUUAGUAUCAUGGUGCACAGCUUGAUACUGCAGGCCAUGUGAUCCCAAAAUCCUUAAGGGCAGCCCAAAGUUUCUGCUAAAUAAAGUUUCUAUCAUUAACUGUGAUAGGUAAAUGUAUUAAAUAAUUUUAUUCAUUCAUUCAAUUUAUAUAGUUGCUCAACUCAAAUCAGUGACUGAGUGACGAACAAUCAAAACAGAGAACAGAAAAGAUGAAAUGAAAAGCAAAUAACAGAUGAGAUAUUAUAAACUAUAUAUAAUCAAGAAACAGAGCCCUCAGACACUCAGGAUCCCAAACAGAGGCACAUAGCCAGGUUUUUAGGAGGAAAGGUGGGGGAAGAGCCUAUGCUAUAGCAGAAAAAAUGCCCGUCCCAGUCUUCACCAGCCGACAUUUCUUUCUGAAAAAAGAUUACUAUUUCUUAAAUGAAUAGGAAAUACUUUACUAUAUAGCAAAGCAUUAGCCUCAAGCAUAGUCUGUAAUUACAAUACCUCUGGGUCACAAGUAGGCCAUACAGGCAAUCUUAAAAACUUAAGUGUGCUUUAUUUCCCUUCUAGUGCAUAAAGUGUUUUAUGAUUGACCAAAUGCAACAUUGCAACCAUUUAGCGGCAACCAUUUAACAUGAGCAUGAGUUCUGAAAGCUGAAGUCCACCCAUCUUAAAACUGUCAAGAUUGAGAAAUACUGAUUUAAUGAAAUCACAACAUGCCUUCAAAACUCCAAAUAUGCACAUUGCCACAAAAAGGCUGGGAAAUCUUGAUUUAUGAUACACACAUAUCUGAUUGGCUAGACCUGUGAUGGCGAACCUAAGGCAUGCGUGCCACAGGUGGCACGCAGAGCCCUCUGCGUGCACGCGAGCCGUUGCCCCAGCUCAACUCUGCCAUGCAUGUGCGUGUGCCUCCCGCUGGCCAGCUGGUUUUCAGGUCUCUGCUGCACAUGCAUGGGGGUGGGGCGCAUGCAGGGGGUCACGCGAGCAUGCACCAGGGGGUGGGGGCAUGCACACAUUGUAUUAUGGGUGUGUGCACGCAUGUGCAUGCUUUCAUGCGCAUGCGUACACGCUUUCGACACUUGCUACUGAAAAGGUUAGCCAUCACUGGCUAGACAUUUAUCAGCAAUUUUUUAAAAUUACUUUCUAAAUGAGCAGGGAGUUGGAUUUUAUUGCUUCAGUGAAACUGUUUGUUUAUCUAGAGCUAUUUAUCUGUGAGCAACAGUGCUUCUUUGUAUGCUAUGAUUAGCUAUCCUAGAAGAUAUAGGCUUAUUGCAUUAUCAAAUGAUCUUAUCUAUUUGGAUAUCCAGUUAUAAUGGAGUGGAUACAGAUUUGAAUAUACAUAGGAAAGACCCUGUUAUUGAUAUCCAAUUCCAAUGCUAUUGAUGACCAUAUCUGUAAUAUGUGCAAUGUCAUUUUAAUAUUAAUCAUAUCUACAUUUCAAUGUCAUUAAAAAUCUUUGCAAGAUGUGUAGUUUCAUAAAACUAUAAAAGUCUGAUAUACAGUAUGAUUUAAAAAUGAUUACUUUUGAACUGUUAGCACUCACCAUACAAUUUUUAAAAAAAUGAAACAGCUGUAUUCUACUAUGUAAUAAAAUGACUAUAUAUUACUAAGAAGUUCAACUUC